CCCAUUAGUUUGUGUCAUCGCCUUUUUAUAGUUCCUCUCAUUUUGAUUCUGGGUUUUACUUGUUUCCUUCAUUUUUGUGGUUUAGGUGAUUUGGGUCUUUUUUUUAGAGUUUGGGUUUGAUAAAGUUUUGAUUUUUAUAAGGUUUGUAAGUAAUGGCCGGCGGUGGAGGUGGUGGUGGUGGAGGAGGAGCUGCGCCACCACCAAAGCAAGAAGAGCUACAGCCACAUCCAGUCAAGGAUCAAUUACCUAACAUUGCUUAUUGCAUUACUAGUCCUCCUCCUUGGCCUGAGGCUAUAUUAUUGGGUUUUCAACAUUACUUGGUGAUGCUUGGGACAACUGUUCUUAUACCAACAUCUCUAGUUCCACAAAUGGGAGGCGGAAAUGAAGAGAAAGCCAAGAUGAUCCAAACAUUGUUAUUUGUAGCUGGUGUGAACACGUUGUUUCAAACGUUUUUCGGUACCCGUUUACCGGCAGUGAUCGGAGGUUCAUAUACUUUUGUCCCAACGACAAUCUCGAUUAUCUUGGCCGGCCGGUAUAGUGAUAUUGUGAAUCCCGAAGAGAAAUUCGAGAAAAUAAUGCGUGGAAUACAAGGUCCUCUUAUUGUUGCUUCGACUCUUCAGAUUGUUCUCGGGUUUAGUGGCCUUUGGCGUAAUGUUGCUAGGUUGUUAAGUCCGUUGUCUGCUGUUCCGUUAGUUGCUAUGUCCGGUUUUGGGCUCUAUGAACUCGGUUUUCCCGUACUUGCGAAAUGUAUAGAGAUCGGGUUGCCGCAGAUCAUCCUUCUCUUAAUUUUCUCACAGUAUAUACCUCAUAUGGUACGUGGGGAACGGCACGUGUUUGAUCGUUUUGCUGUCAUAUUCUCAGUCGUGAUUGUUUGGAUAUAUGCUCACCUCCUCACUGUUGGUGGGGCAUAUAAGAACACCGGACCUAAAACUCAAUUAAGCUGUCGAACCGAUCGUGCCGGAAUUAUAGGUGCUGCUCCUUGGAUAAGAGUUCCAUAUCCGUUUCAAUGGGGAGCUCCUUCAUUCGACGCAGGAGAAUCUUUUGCUAUGAUGGCAGCCUCGUUUGUCGCUCUAGUAGAGUCUACCGGUACCUUCAUUGCGGUUUCGAGAUAUGCAAGUGCUACUCCGUUGCCCCCUUCUAUUCUCAGCCGUGGCAUUGGUUGGCAGGGUGUUGGCAUUCUCUUUUCUGGGAUUUUUGGAACCGGGAAUGGAUCAUCUGUUUCAGCUGAGAAUGCCGGUUUGUUGGCACUAACUCGUGUUGGCAGUCGAAGAGUUGUUCAAAUAUCUGCAGGGUUCAUGAUCUUCUUCUCAAUUCUCGGAAAAUUCGGAGCUGUAUUCGCCUCGAUUCCACCCCCGAUUAUCGCAGCUUUAUAUUGUCUUUUCUUUGCAUAUGUGGGUUCAGCCGGUCUUGGAUUACUUCAGUUCUGCAAUCUAAACAGUUUCAGAACAAAGUUCAUAUUAGGUUUCUCGGUUUUCAUGGGCUUAUCGAUACCACAAUACUUCAACGAGUACACUGCUGUUAACAGUUACGGUCCGGUUCAUACCAGAGCCAGAUGGUUCAACGACAUGAUCAACGUGCCUUUCUCGUCGGAAGCAUUCGUUGCUGGUUUAUUGGCAAUGUUCCUCGACGUUACACUGCACCGGAAGGACAACGCUACUAGGAAAGAUCGCGGAAUGCACUGGUGGGACAAGUUCCGAUCGUUCAAAACAGAUACGAGAAGUGAAGAGUUCUAUUCAUUGCCCUUUAAUCUUAACAAGUUCUUCCCAUCAGUGUGAUAUUUUAGGACAUGGUUUUAACUUGUCCAUUUUUACCAUAGUUUUAAACUCAGACUAAAACAGAAGAAAACAUAUAAUGUUCAUUGAGUUUUUUUGACCCGAGACUGUUCCAUAUUUGUGUCCGACACAUUUAGGAUGGUCCAUGUCUACACUGAUCAGACUGUUGGUUAUUUUAUAUGAAUUUUUCAUUUUUUUUAAA